AUGUCGCUGGUUCCGGUCGCAUUUCCUCUCUCACCUGGUUCUCGUGGCUUUCGUUACCUGGCCUGCCAUUACCCCGCUGUUCGCUUGCCCGUGGCUGUUCUGGGUUCUGUUCCAGCUCUCCUAUCGUCCCUGGCGCAACAAGCCUUGGCUAUACGAUCUGAUGUCUCCUCUGAACCGUAAGAUACUUACCCUACUGUCGCACCAUGGUCUAGGUCCCUCGGUGUCAUCAUGGUUUGGGUCUGUUCUCAGCACUGUAUUUGAACCUGUUCGUUUUUUUUUUUCUCUCACGUGUUGUUCGCAACCUCCCGAACGUGUCUCGCAAUUCGGGAGUUUUUCACAUGUUCCUGUUGCUUGUAGUCGGCCGUGCAAGCCGUGUUUGCAUACACGUGGUUCUCGUUUUGCUUGUUGCUAUUUCCUCUGAUGUUCACUCCAUGUUGUCUUCUCUUGUGGCAUCUAUGGGGCAGAUCAAUCAGAGGUUGAAGAAGCUGGAAACUACCACUUGGGCUGAGUCGCCGGCCAGUCUUUCCGCUCCUGUUCCGGCGGAACCUCCUGUGGCUGGCCUGGGUAAUCUGUCUAGCAUUGAUACUCCACUGGAUGUCGAUCCAGCUCACAUGGUCCCGGCUAAUAUUAGGAAGGAUAUCUUGGAUGGCAAGGACGUGAACCUGGUUUUGCUCCUCAUUGCCUCAAGAUAUCAUAGAUUAUUAGACUUAUACCUAUGGUGAUUUGUCGGUCAUGAUCACCCUAGGCUUAAUUGGAAACUCUCUGUCCCAGAGCUUGGGCUAUUUAGGGAUGUUUUGUGCUCAGUCUACCCUGCUAGGAGGCAGGAGUUGGACCUUUACAUGCACAAGCUGGUGGACCUGGGUCACAAAUACGGCGGUACAUCUUUUUAUGAUUACCAUAGGUCCUUCGCUGCUAAGCUGUCUGCAGCAUUCACUCAGUUUGGUGCCAGGUUGAAUUGAAGUAAACUGGACACGGAACUGUUCUGCAGGUGCUGUUUGCUCCUCCAUGACUCAUUCUACAAAUCUUUGUCCCAAUACGGCUGAGUCUUCCUCCGGUCUUGUUGUUACCUCCCCUUCUCUUGACAAGGUCAUCAAGGACAAAUUGGGUUGCCCUAUACUCUUUCUGGGGAAAUCCCAUGUCUGUAAUAAUUUUAAUGCUGGUACCUGCAGUUUAGCGCAUGCAGGCUUCUGCACGUUUGUUCCAAGUGUUUCCAUGCACAUGCAAAAACUAUGUGCCCCAAUAAAUCGUAUCCCAAACCCUACUUAACCUCUGUUAAUGUGUCCGCCUUAUCAGGUAUGUUGUCUUCUCACCCAUCCAGGCACAUGGUUUAUUUCUUUAAUCUGUUUUUUUCUGAGGGUUUCCAUCCAGGCAUUAUACAGGUCAGGUAUCUUUAAAGUGUAAAAACCUGCAAUUGGCCCUGGCACACCCAGGGCCAUCUUUAAUAUGGAUUGGACCCUGGGCAAACAUUUGCUUGGGCCCCCUGAACCCGGUCGUCCCCUCCCUGGCAUGCAAUCAUGCCCCCCACCCCAACGCAGAGGCGGACGUAAAAUAGAGAGGGCUCUGGUGCAUGAAUUAUUUUGGGCAAGAGGGGGCAAAAGGUAGAUCCCCAUCUGUCAUGCAACUCCAACAAUGCUUUGACAGCUGGGGCGCUACCAUUUUCCUAUGCAUGCAGGGUUAUAUUUAGCACUGAGCAGUAUUUGUGUGUUUGAGUGUAAGCAUGUUUUUGUAUGGAGUAUGUUUGUGUGAAUGUAGGGGUGUGUUUGUAUGUGGAGAUGGCAUUUAAAUGCAAGUAUGCAUUUAUGUGUAGUGUUGGUUUAUGAAUACACUGGUGUGUUUAUAUAUAAUUUUGUUGUUUAAAAAAAGAGGUGUGUUUAUAUGUAGUGUUGAAGUUUGAAUGCAGGUGUGUAUUUGCGUGUAGUGUUGAAUGCUGAGAUGUAUGCACAAAUACACAUGCACUGUCACAAACACACACACACACAGUGAUACACAUACACACACAAACACUUGCAGAUACACAGAUAUACACAAUCAUACAGAUGCAGCUAUACAGACACAUUUACACACACUGACACACAUACAGACACACAACCUGGCACACAUGCAGACACACAGAUGCACACACGCACACACACGCAGAUACACUGACAACAUACAGAUACACAGACACACACAAUGACAACAUACAGACACACAGAUACAUAACCUGACAAAUGCAGAUACAAACACUGACACACAUGCAGAUACACACAUACUGACAACAUACAGAUAGACACUGUGACAGACAUACUGACACUGUGACAGACAUACUGACUGGCACACCGACAUACAGACACACAAACUGACACACACACAGACAUACAUACUGACACACACAUAGACAAACAAACUGACACACAGACAUAUACUGACUGACACAUACAUACUGACACACACACAGACAUACAUACUGACACACACAUACAUACAAACUGACACACAGACAGACAGACAUACUGACACACAGACAUACACUCUUCAGUUUCCUACCUUUGAAAGAGGCUUCCUUCCCUGGGGUCCCGUGUGCUGGCUGAGGCGGGUGGGAGUUGGGGGUCUGGCUCUCAUUGCACCCCCUCCUCACUGGAUCCUGGCUCAGCAGCCUCCCGCGCGGCCCGAUAUCUUUGAGGUGGGAGGAAGUGAUUCGCGGACGUCACUUCCUCCCAUGCAGCCGUUAAGCAAGGACCCGGUCGCGCUGUUAAAGGGCCACAGCGCCGACCGGACCCUUGCUGGAACAUGCUCACUGGGUGGCCCUAAAGGUAUGGGCCACCCGGUGGGCCCCCUUAGUGUGCGGGCCCCGGUGCAGCCGCAAUACUAGCACCGCGGGCCCAUUAGAUAGGGAAAUAUUUAAAAAAAAAAUUUUUUUACUGCAGGCGAUGGGGACCACGGGGCAGCUGCUUUGGGCCCCCCAUGAGAAACUGGGCCCAGGGCAGCUGCCCCGUUUGCCCCUCCUUAAAGACGGCCCUGGGCACACCCGGAACCGGUUGAUACUCUCAUACAACAGGAGGUCGCUGGGGGGUUUCUUUUAGAUCCUUUCCAGGCUCCGCCUUUCACUUAAUGGAGGAUGAACCCUAUUGUCACCGGAAAGAACUCCAUGAAACAGAGGUUGGUUAUCGACCUCUCCGCCCCUCAUUUGGUGGAAAUUCCUAGUUUAAAUUCCCUGAUUCCGUCCGAGGAAUUUUCGCUGCAAUAUUCAAUGAUUGACCAUGCUGUUUCGGCCAUCCUAAAAUCUGGGGUUGGCGCUUGGCUUAGUAAAAUGGAUAUUGUCAAUGCUUUUAAACUGUUACCCUACUCUCUGGCAUUUGCACGGUGUUAAAUGUAAGGGCCUAUAUUACUUUUUCUCCCCUGGCUAACUUUUGGUUUCAAAAGUGGCCCAAAACUGUUCGACAUCCACUACCUGGAUGACUUAUGAUUGAGGAGAACACAUUUCCCCCCUGUAGUCUUGAGGAAGUCGUUGCCCUUUUCCAGUUAUUGGGUGUACCAGUGUCACCCAAAAAAAACAGUCCAGAUACCUCCAUUACCAUGCAGGCCAGUCUGCCCAAAGAAAAGAUAGUUCAUAUACUCAUGCAUUGAUUGUUUUAUUCACUCCAGGUCCUGCUGUCGGAAGGAAUUACAAUCUAUGUUGGGGUACUUGAAUUUUACUAUGAGGAUUAUUCAUUGGGGUCGGGCAUUUAUAUCUCAGUUACAAUCCCUGUUUCCCGAUCUUCCUCACGAUGACGACCAGGUCACAGCGGAUCUGCUCAUGUGGCGAAGGUUCUUGCUCUCCUGGAACAGGAAAAGUAUGUUCCUUCCCGAAAUUUCGGAAGAAUUAUCCACGCUAUGGACGGAUGCAGCGGCCACUACCGGCUUCUCAGCCAUUUACGGUUCUGAAUGGCUUUGGAGUGCUUGGCCAGCGGAAGUCCUGGGCAUUGAGGGUUUUUCCACUACCUCCGCUCUUUUUGAAAUUUACCCGAUUGUGGCGGCUGCUGUGGCUUGGGGUCGGAUGUGGUCAUGUGGUUCGGUUCGCUGUUUCUUGUACAACCAGGCCACGUGCCACAUCAUUAAGAAGGAGCGUUCUUCAUCCCUUGUUAUUAUGAGGUUCCUUAGGAAAUUGACAUAGUUGGCGGCUAGUCGUCAUUUCUUUCUGAUCUGUAUUCAUGUACCAGGUGUUACGAAUAUUGCUGCUUACAGACUGUCUCGAUUGCAAUUUAAGGCCUUCCACACAGCUCUGCCUACAGCCUUUCCCAUAGCCACUGCCACCCAUACAUUUCAAGAGCUGAUCGUGGAUUGACCGCCUUAUCUCAUGGCCGUGAUCUUUCCCGACGGUCUCUUUCCUCUAACACGCAGAACAUAUGACAGGGAUUUCUCCUUGUUUAACCCCUUAAGGACACAUGACAUGUCUGACAUGUCAUGAUUCCCUUUUAUUCCAGAAGUUUGGUCCUUAGGGGGUUAAGAGGUUUUUAUUAGAAUAUGACAUUACUGACUCUCUUGCUAUAUCAACUGUGGCAGGUUUUGCUUCUUUUUGCCACCUCAAACUGGCAUUAUCCCAUAGUACCAUCAAAUUAUACCUAUCAGGUAUACAGCAUCACAUGUUGAAUAUAUUUCCAAACAAACACAGCUUCAUGUCUUCAUACUAGAUCAAAUCCAUACUCAGAGGCAUUCAGAAAUCCGGCCACGCUCCAACACAUAGAUUACCUAUCGAUAUCCAACUAUUUAAUUCUAUUUCAGACCUAUUAGAUGCUUGUCCCUUUGAUCCACGCACCAACCCAGUAAUUAAAACUGCAAUCUAGCUGGCUUUCUAUGGUUUUCUUAGACCCGAGAAUUUAUCACAACUACCACGACCAACUUACAAUAUUGUCUCAGGAGGUCUCACCUAACUAAACUAUAUUAUGUACUGUACUUACCCUUCCACACAGUAAAACAACCCAGGAUGGACAAGACGUUCGCAUUCCUUAUUACCCUACACAUAAUAAAUGGUGCCCGGUUAAAGUCCUAGAUUCCUAUUUACUUACUGUUAGUAUCCAAGCCUCCUAACCACUGUUCUCUUUACAUGGGUCGGUCCUAACUACAUCAGAAUUCAUGACUCACUUCAGAUCAUUGAUCACGAGGCUAGGUCUCAACCCAUCCGACUAUUCCGUCCACUCUUUUGGAAUAGGGGUGGCUUCCAUGGCCUCAAGCAAGAACAUACCUGUACAUAUAAUCAAUACACUAGGUCGUUGGAAGUCCUCAGCAUACUCCCUGUACAUACCACAACCGGUACAAGAACUCCGACAUGCAUUUAAUACUAUGUUCAUGUAAUUAUACACUUCCUUUUGUUGAUUGUAACAAAUUCUAGCCUGUAUCUAUUUUUGCCCUUUUUAUUUACAGGCCUACCGCUACGUCGGUUCUGGUACACCACAACCGACUUUUCUCUUCUUGCACUAUGCUACACUUUGUUACUCUUGAAAGGGCCUUUAUGCCCCUAACACAAAUCAUUUUUAAUUUCUUGUUUCAACUCUGAUGAGUUAGAUAGAUUUUCUUUUAUUUCUUCAAGUAGAAUUUGUAAACUUGAAUUAAGAACUUUAAUUGUAAAUUGUCUUUGCUUGUUUCCAGUAAUGAUAUGUCAGAGUUAGAUAAUGAUUCUCUAUCUUUUAACUCUUUAGUGUGUGGAGAGAAGUAA